GAGAUGUACAUUAACGUCUUUGCAUGCAUCUUGUAAAUUAGCCUAGAAAAGUUGUGCUAUAGUGCAGUUAUACAUUAAACAAUGCAUUUGUUUGCUGUACGUAUCAGUAUACGGUUUGCGCAUGCGUGCAAGUGGAGGCAACAGGGUGCAAAACAAUUGUCCGCUAGAUAUAAAACUACUGUCCCUAAAAACUUCACUGACUACAACAGUCUGCACCAGAUCUACAAACCUGAAGUUCCUGUACAUUUCAACUUUGCCAAACAUGUCCUUGAAGUUUGGGAAACGAAGGAAAAGGCAGGUGAAAAAUCAUCUUGGCCCGCUUUGUGGUGGGUAAACGAUGAGAACAAGGAGAUCAGAUGGGGUUUUGAAGAGCUGGGCUUCCACUCUAGGAGACUUGCUAAUGCCCUGAUUGAAGAAUGCCAGUUGGUUAGAGGAGACCGAGUUCUCCUUAUCCUGCCCCGAGUUCCCGAGUGGUGGCUGGUCAACAUUGCCUGCAUUAGAACAGGUACAGUUCUGAUCCCUGGAACUUCUCAACUCACGGCCAGAGAUGUCCUGCACCGUCUGCAGGUCUCCCAGGCAAAAUGUGUGAUUACGGAUGAGCAGACGGCUCCACUGCUGGAUGCUGUGACUUCACAGUGUCCAAUGCUGACCUCCAAAAUUCUGCUGUCCGACAAGGAUCGUCCAGGAUGGGGCAACUUAUCAACUCUGAUAGGGAGAGCCUCUGCUGACCAUGUGUGUGUGGACACCAGAAGUGACGAGCCCAUGACCAUUUUCUUUACCAGUGGAACCACGGGGUCUCCCAAAAUGACCCUUCACAGUCACUGUAGUUUUGGCCUGGGUCUCACAGUCAAUGGCAGGUAUUGGUUGGAUCUUACAGACGAAGACAUCUUUUGGAAUACGUCAGACACAGGCUGGGCCAAGUCAGCAUGGAGCAGUGUGUUUGCUCCCUGGAUACAGGGAGCCUGUAUGUUCACUCAUCACAUGCCACGCUUUAACACCAAUACUGUUUUUAAGACUCUCUCCAGAUAUCCCAUCAGCACUUUCUGCACUGCUCCAACAGCUUAUCGGAUGUUGAUACAAGAUGAUCCGUCCAGGUUUCAGUUCCAGGCUCUGCAGCACUGCCUGUCUGCAGGAGAACCCAUUAACCCUGAGGUGAUGAAUAAAUGGCGAGAGCUCACAGGCCUGGAUAUCUAUGAGGGAUAUGGCCAGACUGAGACGGUUUUAAUUGCUGGCACUUUUAAAGGCAUGGAUAUUAGACCCGGGUCUAUUGGAAAAGCAUCACCAGCUUAUGACGUGCAAGUGGUAGAUGAAGAAGGAAACGUUGUAGCUCGUGGAACCGAAGGAAAUCUGGCUAUCAGAGUGAAACCACAAAGACCUUUCUCACUCUUCACUGAGUACUUGGGAGAGCCAGAAAAAACUGCAGAAUGUUUUCGCGGUGAUUUCUACCUCACAGGUGAUAGAGGUAUGAUGGACCAGGAUGGAUACUUUUGGUUUGUCGGCAGAGCUGAUGAUGUCAUACUCUCCGCAGGGUAUCGAAUCGGCCCCUUUGAGGUAGAAAAUGCUUUGAUAGAGCAUGAAGCUGUGGCCGAGUCAGCUGUGGUUAGCAGUCCUGAUCCAAUCAGAGGAGAGGUUGUAAAGGCGUUUGUCGUACUCACUCCAGAAUUUAAACACAUGGACCAGAACGAACUGAUCAAACAACUGCAGACUCAUGUGAAGAAAGUCACAGCUCCAUAUAAAUAUCCUCGCAAGAUUGAGUUUGUGGACCAGCUGCCCAAGACAGUGAGUGGUAAAAUCCGGAGAGUUGAACUGAGAAAGAAGGAAUGGGGGCAGCAAUAACCACUCCAGAAACAACUAUUAGACUUUCUAAAGACCAUAUCUUGUGGAUGAUCUGAACAUUAGCUGUUUUUAACAUUUUACCAGCAAUUUUACCUUUUUAAGCAUUCAGUUCUGUGAGAUCUUCUGUAUGAUUUAAUUAACCACAUACUUAAUCUUAGACUAAAUUACCUGGACUGCUAGUAACACAGAGUUACCAACCCCAAAAAGUUGGAACAUGAAAUGAAAUGCAAUAAAGAAGAAGAGAAUUUGUGA